CUUAAUUAUGUCACUUUUCAUGUUAGAUUUGCAUAUAGAUUUUAGCAGAUCCCGGAACCCUAGAUACGAGAUCCGAAUAUGUAUAUACACUAUAUAGUGUAUAUAUAUAUGAUGUUUUGUUUGAAUCUGACUAUAAGAUCGAUGUUCUUGAUCGCAGAAGAAAAAGCUAUAUAGCACGAAGUGUUUUCUUUCUCUCUCUCUCUCUCUCUCUCUCUCUCUCUCUCUGCCUCUAAAUUCAGCAUCAAAUGACAGAUAAUCUUUACUUCUUCAAAACCACAUACACACGGUGCUGCAAUGAUUUUGUUCCCUUGAAAUAAUUUCAAAGGGCCAGAUCAGCUUGCACAAUUAGUCACUUACCACCAUGGGUGGCAGUAGAAUUUGCCAGUGCAAAUAUAUACACUUUUUUUUUGUUCUACGCCAUGUUUCAAAAUGAAACCACUACCGUUGCUUACUUGGAUUGAUCAAUGUUUGAUUCAGAGUUUUUUAUUAUUUAUUUUACAAAAAAACAUAUCUUUUAGAUGAUGUGAGUUUUAUUAUUUAAAUCAAGAAAGCUAAAUGUGCAUAUGCCACAUGAUCUCUUUUGCAUAUGUACAAGUUAGAAAUAGCACACGUACUAACUUAAACGCAACGAACAUUUCUUAAUUAAUAAUAAACUAAGAAUAUAUUACUGCCACACAGUACACAUGACUGACCAUGUGGUAGGGUAAUUAAUUAAUCUAUAAUAUCAUAAGAACGUACAUACACACCAGUUCCAAAUAAUCAACAUAUCUCUCUCCAAUUAACAAACAUUGAUCAUCAGCAGAACAAAUACAAAAAAUGACGACGACGCUUAGUUAUCACACUAAGUAUAGCUAGCACAUAUGAUCAUAGACACGCAUGCACCUAGCGCGUGAGUGCCACACUUUAAGGGGUGACCCCAUCCAAUGUUGGGUGAAGUGCAUGUAUAAUACAUUACUAUAUGCACUAGAGGCCAGCCUGCACUAGGGAGGGCCUGCAUCCAGGACAUGUAUGAUGAGAGAAAGCUAGCUUUGAGCAGCAACAGCAGCAGCAAGGGAAACAUUCCACAAAGGGUAAUGAGUGUGGUGAUGCUCAGCUGCUCAUCAGUACCACAUACUACACCACAUGGAAUGCAAUGCAAGCACUGAAGCCAUUAGUAGUGCAUGCGUCACUACUGCAAAUCAUCAUGCUUGCUUCGAGUAUUACUUUUUAUCUGUCCAUUAUCGCAUGCGUACCCUAGCCUGCUGGCGCGCGCGGGUUAAAAUUAUGAUCGAUGGUACACAUAUGCAGCUAGCAUUCAUCGAUUACAUCCUGGCAGGCCGAUAUUGGUUUAAUAUUUAGGUCUUAUAUAUAUAGUACCUGAUUAUUAUCUAGCAUGCAUGAUACAAUGCAAGAUCUAUAACGUAUAACAUUUGGUUGAAAUCAUGCAUUUGGUAUGACUACGACGCAUCAAUGCAAUUUCAGGUUCAUAAUAUAUAUAUAUCAGUCUGUUAUCUAGCUAGAUGGGUAUGAGCAGCGCACAAGCGCAGACGCAGCAGCUGGUUCCUCCAGGUUUUCGAUUCCAUCCGACAGACGAAGAGCUGGUGGACUACUACCUCAGGAAGAAGGUGGCCUCAAGAAGGAUCGACCUCAAUGUCAUCAAAGAUGUCGAUCUUUACAAGAUAGAGCCAUGGGAUCUCCAAGAGAAGUGCAGAUUGGGAGGACCUGGUGAGGAGGAGCAGAACGAGUGGUACUUCUUCAGCCACAAAGACAAGAAAUACCCGACGGGCACCCGGACCAACCGUGCCACCGCCGCUGGGUUUUGGAAGGCCACCGGCAGAGACAAGCCGAUCUAUGCUAACAAGCAGCGGCAGCUGGUGGGCAUGAGGAAGACGCUGGUGUACUACAAGGGCAGGGCUCCCAAUGGCCACAAGUCCGAUUGGAUCAUGCACGAGUACCGCCUUGAAACCAAUGAGAAUGGCCCUCCCCAGGAGGAAGGAUGGGUAGUAUGUAGGGUGUUCAAAAAGCGACUACCAACAACAAGAAGAGAAUCUGACCAUGAUGCACCAUGCUGGUAUGUCGAUGAUGAUGGAACCUUCAUGCAUGACCUUAACUCUCCCAUGAGUGGAUUGCCACCACACCACAGCAUCGCACAGCUGCAAGAACAACACCUCCAAAUGCUGAACAAUAGCUACAAGAGGGAACUGAAGCUACAAUUCCAGAUGCCAAGCCAUCAUAUUCUAAAUGCCAUUCCUCACGAGCUAGAGAGCCCAUCCUUCCAUUCUCUUUUGGUCUCCCCAGACCAUCAAACCAAAGUGCAACAUGCCCACCAACAUGUUCAGCUCAUGGAGCAUGCAGUCGACCAAGUCACUGAUUGGAGAGUUCUGGACAAGUUUGUUGCGUCUCAACUUAGUAACGAUGCAGCAAAGGGUGUAGAUUAUACUGAUGAAGGAGAUAUCCUUCAGGUCAAUGAGAAGCAAGAGGUGGCUACCGAUUAUGCAUCAACGUCAACAUCCAGCAGCCAAGUUGAUCCAUGGAAGUGACGAUGAUGAAAUUAAUCAAACAAACAUACUACCUCAUAUAAAAUAUUAUAUUAAGAGCUACAAUAAUAUAUGAUGAUGAUUAUCAUAUCGGAUCAAUUGGGACAUAUAAGUAAUUUGAUCUACAUAGUGGCCUGUAAAUAAGACUAUAUUGAGUUGUGUAUCAGUGUACUACUUAUUAUGUCCUUCAGGAUGUUGUACUGAAUAUACUUAUCAUACCGUGUCUCUAUAUAAAUAAUGUCAUGGGGAACUUAGAAACUUCAUGAAUCAUGAUUUGUAAUAGGCCAGUGACACUCUUUCAG